UGUCUCUUCCGGAACUUAACUCUUCUUCGCUCUCUUCUCCACUCAAAAAAAACCAGAGAAAAAAAUGAGUGAAAUUGGGUUAGACAAAUCAAGAGAAACCUAAAUCAAACCGAAACCAGAAAUUAAACCAAAAUCUUCUACCGAUUUAUGAUUCUCUAAGCCUAAAAACUAAUAUAAAAAACCCUUUUACGAAUCAAAAUCUUUGAUUUUGUAAACUGAUUUUUGUUUUUUGAUUGAAACUCUCAGAAGUAGAUUCAAUUGAAGAAGUAGAAAACCUGGAAAUCUUUAUCCUCAGAAGAAGAUUGAUAAGAAGCAGAUUCAAUUGAAGAAGUAGAAACCCUAGGAAUCUCUAUCCUCAGAAGAAGAUUGAACUAAAAUCCUUGAAGAUUCAGGUAUUACCUCUAAGCAUAUUUUGCUAGUUGGGGUGUUUGAUUUAUGUUUUUAUAUGAACUGAUUUCCUUUUGAGGGUUAUGUACUUGAUAUUCAGUAUUUUUGCGGUUGUUGAAGUGUUGAGUUAGAGAAUAAAGCUCGGUGAGUUUUGCUUGAUAUUAAGUGGAACUUAUUUCCAUUUCACCGUGGAUCUGUGAGUUUUGGUUGUUAUUAUACAGUUUUUGAUAUUUGGUUUAGAGAAUAAGGUUCAUAAGUAUGAUAGAUGUGUUUAAUCUUUAACAUGUUCUUGCAGUUGUGAAGUGUUGAGUGCAUUUUUUUCUGCUAGUGUUUUAAAAUGAAUUAAUAUUAAUACAAGUCUGUGAGAUGCUGCUUUUAUGCACAACUUCAUCAGGUUUUUGCCAUGUUUUAGUUGGUUUUUAAUUCAUGUUAUAUAUAAUUCUUUGAACGAGCUAUUGAUUAGGUUGGAGAGAAAUAUGCUGUGAAAAAUAUGUGAUGUCCAGUCCUCCAAUCCUUGUGGAACAUAUCGAUUGAUGUUAUCAAUGUCUUUUGCUUGCGGUGAAAUGAAUAAUUUCAUGUUUUUUGCUUGGUCAAUGUUUCUUCAUUUUCAGUUUGGAAAUAGUGAGUGAUAUCUGAUAAGAAAAUGUCUCCCAGAAGGGAGUUUCAUAUUCUUUAAUAAAGUUUUUGAUCACUUGGUAUAUUCUUAAUCUGAUUUUGUUUUUGAAUCACAUAGAAAUCUAACUCUUUUUUAAACUUGGGUGUUUAUCGUGCAGUCAACCAGUCCAUUCUAGAUUGUGUUAUUUGCCUGAGUUUAGCAUCAAUAUUGAUAUGCUUACUGUCAAACACAAUCUCAUUCUCCAAAUAUUCCACAUAGUGAAAGAUGCAGUCAUAUAAGUUCCAUUCUGAUUUCCCCUUGCAGUACCAGGCUAAGAGUUUUUCAGAAUUCUUCAUGAUAGAAAGAAAAUAGAUGAAAAUUUUUGGUUGUAGUUGAUGUAGAGACCAGAUAAACAUGAUAAACAAGUAAGGGUUUAGUUUUUUGUGUUUUUCUUAGCAUUUAUAGAUCUCAGAAGAAUUGCUAUUUUUUUUUGUUUGUUAGCUGAUUCAUUGUGAUUUAAGCAUGGGUCUGUGAGUUUUGCUAGUUUGUUAUAAUAACAUAUAUGAUUUUUAAGAAGGGUUAUGAUUAUGGUAGAGGAUUGGUAUAACAUGUUUUGCUGGUUACUAUAACAUGUUUCAGUUGACAGCAUUUGGUUAUUCGACGAUGUUUUAUAGAUUGAUUGAUGUGUUUUUUCUUAUGUAUACUCUGCAUUAUUUUUCAUUUGAAUUUUAGAGUGUUAUUAUAUAUGGGUUUGUCUUGCUUUAAUAUUAAAAAAUAACACUUUUGUUGCAAUAUUAGUUUCUGUUGGUGUUCAUGCUUGUGUGAAGAUUGUUGUGUUUGGUCCUUGAUUAACAUUCUAUGUUAUGUUGUUGUAGAAUGGUGCAAGUAGGUGAUAAAGGUUGGAUGAAUGAGUAAGAUAGGUUCUGUGAUGUCUAUAGAAAAGGGGUGUCUGAUUUUAUCGAUUUUGCAUAUAGUAACAGGAUAAAAAGUUCACCAUUAUGUCCAUGUCCUUGCCGUAUUUGUAGAAAUAAGUAUUCUUUGUCUUUUGCUCUAGUCAAGUAUCAUUUAGAUUACACUUGAUAGACAAGUCAUAUGUACUUUGGUGUCUACAUGGAAAGAAGUCCACCACAUCAUCACAAGUAGUGCUGGAACAUGUAGAAGAAAAUGUGGAUGUUGAAAAUGUAGGUGUAGACAAUGUAGAGGAAGAAAUUUCUAUUGAGGAACAUGUAGAAGAGAACAUUAGCGGUGAACAAUGUAGAUUAGGGGAUUUCGUCGACAAGGCGUAUGGAAUAUUUGAAGGGUUAAAUAAGGAUGUGAACGAAGGUGGUGAGGAGCCAUACCUAGGUAAGAAAUACCACAAGUAUAAGGAGUUGGCGAAGGAAAAGAUUUAUCCAGCUUAUGAAGGUGUGAUGAAACAACACUUAGUGUAAUUGUAGAACUACAACAUAUGAAAAAGAUGUUUGGUUGGUCAAGAAAUAGUGUUACAUACCUCUUGGGACGAUUGAAAAAUUGGUUCCCAAAAGGAAACACUUUUCCUGCAAAAUACCCAACAAUGAAAUCUAUGUUGAUAGAUCUAGGAAUGAAGGCUGAGUCCAUUCAUGCGUGUCCUAAUCAUUGUGUUUUGUACCGAAAAGAAAAUGAGAAGGAAACUGUGUGUCCCAACUGUGGAGCAUCUAGGUAUGUAGUGAAACAGGGUAAAUAUGGACAAAUAACUACGAAAGUUCUUUGCAAGGUAUUGAGACAUUUUAAGCUUACUCCGAGACUUAGGAGAUUCUAUACCAUAUCAUGGAUAGCACGCUACAUGACAUGGAAUGAUGAAGCACAUAGUUCUCCCAAGUAUAUGCGUCAUCCAGUAGACUCACUCCAAUGGCAGAAUAUGAAGACAAGGUGGCCUGAUUUUUCAGCUGAGGCGCAAAAUGUUUGGCUUGGUAUUUCCACUGAUGGCUUCAAUCCGCGGGGAAUUCAGCGCACUAGUUACAGUUAUUGGCCGGUAAUAUUGGUGAUGUAUAAUCUUCCACCCUCUUUGUGCAUGAAAGAAGAAUUUCAGAUAAUGUCGCUCUUAAUACCGGGACAGAAGGCGCCGGGUCAAGCCAUUUGUGUGUUUCUUCAACCUUUGAUAGAUAAAUUGAUUAAAUUUUGGAUUGAUGGGUUCGCUUCUUUUGAUAUGUAUCGAAAAGAAACUUUUAUCUGCAGAUCCAUUCUUAUGUGGAGUAUUCAUCAUUUACCGGCUUAUGGAAAUGUGUCAGGGUGUACGAAACAUGGCUAUAAAGCUUGUACUUUGUGUGCUGAUGAGACAGAAAGUAUAUGGCUGGGUCACUGCAGGAAGAUAGUGUACUUAAACUACCGCAAGUUUCUUAAGAUACAGCAUCCAUUCAGGUCUGGAAAAUAUCUAGGUCUAAAGACUGCAGAGAGAAAAUUUCCACCACCUCGAUUAAGUGGAGAAGAUGUAUUGUUAAAAACUUCGAAUAUUGAGUAUUUACCUGGGAAGCUUUCCAAAGCUGGAAAAAAGAGAAAGAGGGAUAUUAUAAGGAAGUUGGUUGUGAUGCUGUUGAUUCUCCAAGUAAAGAUUUUUAUAAGAGGGCCCAUCUAUGGAAGUAUAAUCCUUACCGUCACUGUGUAGAUGUAAUGCAUGUCGAGAAGAAUUUUACUGAGCAUUUGAUAGAUACACUUCUCGACAUAAAAGGCAAGUCCAAAGAACGAGAAGAUAUGAGGAAGAUGAACAUUCAUAGUAGGCAGUGGAUCACUACAGACUCUGUAACAGGAAAGGAAAUUGUACUGAUUGCCGGUUUCCGUUUAAGCAAAGAAGAACGAGAUAAUUUCUUACAGACUUUGAAGAAUAUGAAGUUUCCUUCUGUAUUUUCAUCCAAUCUCGGAAACAAUGUGACAGUUAAGCAUCCGGGUCUGAGUUGUUUGAAGUCACAUGACUAUCAUGUGAUUAUGGAAUACUUGCUUCCGGUGCUGCUUCAACAUGCUUUCCCGAGGUACCCAGACCUUUGUAAGGCGCUUCACCAGAUGAGCUUAUUCUUUAGGAUCUUGUGUGAGAAAGUUCUAAUCAAAACUGAACUUCAACAAGCCAAAUUCAUGGUUUCUGAGGCAUUAUGUGUGAUGGAAAAGUACUUCCCUCCUUCCUUUUUUUAUAUUAGCAUCCACCUUGUGGCAUUUGGAGGAUGAAGCGCUUACUUGUGGACCAGUUCGAUACCGAUGGAUGUAUCCCUUUGAAAGAAGGGUGAUGAAGAGCUGUAGAAACUUACCAAGUAACAAACGUUAUGUGGAAGGGUCGAUUGAACAAGCGCACCUUACAAGUUGUAGGUAACCAGAAGACAGGGUUGGAUAAGCGUAAUACGAUUCGAGUGAACAAGUUGUAGGUAAUUUCUUAAAUUCUUGUAGAAAAUGUAUCCACUGCAUAUAUGCAUUAUGAAGUCUGGUGACAUUGAUUGAACAAGAAACUCUAAAUAUGCUCAACCUUGAUCCCAAAUGAUAGAGACAAACCUGUUAUCCAUAGUUUGUUUUGUUAAAAUUAAAAUUUAUUAGAUCAACGAAAUAGAAUUGAUUGAUUGUAUGGAUGGAUUCGUAUGUGAUAAUGGAGUUUUGAUUGAAUAAUGGUUUCAUAUUUAAUUGGGAAUGGAGUGGCUAGAUAUACCUGUAUUCUGGUGCUGGAA